AUGGCUUCAGUUGCAAAGAUUAUCUAUUUAAUUUCCAUACUGGUUGCAAUCGCUUGCAUAGUUGUAUCGAUAGCUAUCAGUCCAGCUUGGAGCGCUGAUCCAAAUAAUACCUUUUUGAAAGCGAAUGGAGCACUCAGUAUUGUCGGCUUGAGAUUACUCACGGGGAAUAAUGAUUGCUAUUAUUGUUCUUUUGGCUUUAGCCUUAAUAUGCUUUAUUGUCGCGUUGGCUGUCUACGGUCAAGGAGUGAACUGGCAGGCAUGGCUACUGUCAGCUAUGUUCAUCGCGGGAAUAUGCCCUAAAGGAUAAAACACAUACACCAGUUACUUCUCAUAAAGUGUUUUAUGUGUAUGUGAUCAAAUAUUAUCUACAUGUAUUUAGUUUUUUUUACACCAAUAUAAAGCGUCAUAUGGACUACAAAGGCAUUUCUGUUAAUGAGAGUUCUAUUUGUCUGUUUAUGGAUGGGGUGGGGUGGGGAGUUGAAUAGCACAAAUACAAAUAAAAUGACA